AUGAACACCUUGUCAUUAGAUGAGAACAUCACGUCUUGGACCUUAUCGGAUUCCACCAAUCGCUCAGAGGAGGACUGGGCACGGAUUCAGAGUUACUACAACCUCAUCAACACCUUCUCCACCGUGUGCCCCGCCAUAUUUGGCAGCAUCCUGCUUUUGGGGAUUCUCGGUAACGGUAUGGUGAUAUACGCCAUCCUGGCCAACAAGUUUCUGCGGACGUGCCCUAAUAUGCUGUUCCUGAAUCUGGCUGUGGCAGAUCUUCUGUUCUUGUUGUUCUGUGUCCCCCUUCAAGCCGCCUAUUACAUAAGUAAGUACGACCUCAUCCUCGGCGAGGGCCUGUGUAAACUGUUCAAGUACACCAUAUUCGUCACCAUGUCGGUUAGUGCGUAUUCUCUGAUGAUAAUAUGCGUGUUUCGCUGCAUUGCCGUCGCAAUGCCAUUACAAGCCUCGCGGAUACUGACGAAGAGAUACUCCCUCAUAGCCAGCGGGCUGAUAUGGCUCGCCAUGCUUCUUCUCAACUCCCCCAUAGCUUUAUACUACAGUGAGGCCAGCGGGUCGUGUACCUCAAAGUAUGAUGAUAAGGACACCAUAGUAGCUAUUGCUGUUGGUGUGGACUUCCUACUACCUAUUACGGCGUGUUUCGUAGGCACGGGCAUUAUUACCGUCUCGCUGCGCCGAAAUCAGAAAGUUUUUAAAAAGAUGGACUACGAAACUUUGGAAAAGUUGGAAAGUUGUAGACGGAGUACUCGUAAAGUGGUGAUUCUGGUGGUGUCUGUGGCGGUUGUCUUCUUUGUGUGUUGGGCACCGUUUCUUUCCAUCACUCUCUACAAUGCGCUUCCCAUUGGAGACCGCGUCGAUCCACUGACUGUCUACGUUGCCGGCGUUAUUGCCCAACUUUUGGCCUUCUCGAACUCCUGCGCCAAUCCCAUCAUAUACAACUUUGUGUCCACGGAUUUCAGACGGGGAUUCCGAAGGAUCAAACAGUGUCGUUUGAGACGCGGUCUACAGCGCCAGUCUACUAAUAACACCACGCGCAGUGAUAUUGUGCUGAGAGAAAGGAACGUUUCUCUAAAACUUGUUCAGUCCGAUGUGAAAUGA